UGUGUUAUUCCUCCUAUGGUAUUAACUCAGUAUGCUUUUCCUGUUUUUAACGUUCCUGUCACGCGGAGCAUGAAGCAGACUAUUAUUUGCCUGUUUGCAUUUGCCACCUUUGGCCAGGUCAAUAAAACCAGCUCCUACAUUUAGGCACAGCCUUCAGAAAAUAAGAAGACCAAAAGAAGUUCUUUAACCUUGUCCUUUUUUUUCUCUCUCUCUGAAACUUUAGCAUCCACAUCUAAACAAGACCACGACCUCCGGAAUUCGACCCAUCACCACCAUUACUUGCAUGGACAUUGACGCCCAUGAGGCCCCUUCUUCGCCGCCGCCGCCGCCCCGCGCCGUCCGGUCCCGGCCGACGAGCUGGGGCAGCAGCGCGAGCAGCGGGAGCGGCGGCGGCGGCGGCGGCGUCGAGUACACGAGCCUCCGCGACGUGCUCGUCUCCCCUGGCGGGGGCGGGGGCGGAAGCCGCAGCGGGAGCAGCUUCGGGACGUCGGACGUGCACGACUUCGACACCUCCAACAUCACCAUCCGCAACCAGCUGCUGAAGCACGCCGCGUCCGCGUACCUCCAGUCCGCCAUCGUCGUCACGCCGCGCCACCGCGGCUGCCUCAGCCGGAUCUGGCGCCGCGUAAUGCAGCGCCGCCGCAUGCUGCUGCGCCGCCCGGCCGCCUGCUGCCCCAGGAGCGGCGAGUCGUCGUGCGCUUUUGCGGAGGCGCUCGCCGGCUCCGCGCGCAGCCUCCUCGCGUGCCUCUCCGGCUGCUUCGCUCGCUUGUGGACGUCGUAGAGGCACGGAGGUGAUCGUCCCCGGCCAGUACACGCGCUACCUGCCAUCGAUCGCCGUUGGGUGGGGUGCUUUAUACCUGAGAAGCGCGCUGUGUGUGAAGAUGGACGUCGUCUUCUUCCUCCUGUAUGUAUGGGGCGUGCGUACGUAGGAUCGAUCGACUCUUUUGCCCGGUUAGAUCGUGCCGGUGCUUGACACGACCGUACAUGCAUAUUUAGAUGCGGGGAUACGUUUAACAAAACCAAAUGAAAUUGGUCUUGUUGUAAAUUAUACGCCCAGUCAAAAAAUUCCAACUUUUACCAUUAUACUCCUCCGUGUGUAAACCAUGCAAAUUUUUGCCACUCGAAAUUGUUGAAAGGUACUCCCUCCGAUUCAUAAUAAGUAUCAUUGAUUUAGUAUAAAUUAGGGAUGACAUUUCAGCAAAACGUCAAAAUCAUGGUG